UGAAAAUGGUGUAGAGAAAUUGUGUUUUGGAAGAACUGAACUGCACUGAAAAAAUGAGAGUAGUGUCGCUGUGGCGGAAACAACCUUUGCCAUUGGCAUGCCGCAGUCGUACAUUCGUCUCCGAUUCCACUUCCAAGAUCCAAAUUUUCGAUCGCCAACGAAAGCGCGCACAACGCGACCGAGCGGCAUGGUCCACGCCCUUACACGACCCUCUCCUUCACUCAGUUUCUCAAAACCUCUUGGAUCGCUUGCAGGACUGUAAGAAGACUUUUCCAACCGCCCUAUGUUUGGGAGGCUCCUUGCAACCUAUCACCCGCUCUCUUUCCGCUCCUCCUGCAAACUGUGGAGUGGAAAAGCUUAUUGUCAUGGAUGCCUCCUAUGAUAUGGUUCAAGCUUGUAGAAAUGCUUACCGUGCUUCGCCCAACAAUGCCGUCCAGACAGAAUUUCUGGUUGCUGACGAAGAGUUCCUGCCUAUCAAAGAGAGCUCUGUGGAUUUGAUUGUUAGUUGCUUGGGACUACACUGGACUAAUGAUCUUCCUGGAGCAAUGAUACAGUCUAGAUUGGCAUUGAAGCCUGAUGGUUUAUUUUUAGCAGCUAUUCUUGGUGGAGAAACGUUAAAGGAGCUGAGAAUAGCUUGUACGUUAGCACAGAUGGAGCGUGAAGGAGGGAUCAGUCCCCGAAUAUCACCUUUGGCACAGGUUCGAGAUGCUGGAAAUCUUUUGACCAGGGCCGGUUUCACCCUUCCAGGUGUUGAUGUUGAUGAGUACAUAGUUAAAUAUGAAAGUGCUAUAGAGCUUAUAGAACAUCUCCGUGCAAUGGGUGAAACAAAUGCUCUUUCGCAAAUGAACAAUAUCCUAAAGAGAGACACUGCUUUAGCAACUGCAGCUAUUUAUGAUUCAAUGUUUUCUUCCGAAGACGGAACUGUACCUGCAACCUUCCAGGUUAUAUACAUGACGGGUUGGAGGGAACAUCCUUCCCAGCAGAAAGCAAAACGAAGGGGAUCAGCCACUAUAUCUUUCAAUGAUAUUCAGAAGCAAUUUGGAAGCCAAAGUUGAUUGCCACUUCCCCUUGAUUUUGACUAUUCAUAUUUAAGUUUAAUUGAUGUAUUUAGGGCAUUAUUUGUGUGGUAACUCAUGCAUAGUUACCGUAUACCAGGUCUGUAUCUGGUACUACAUAUUGGUUAAACAUUUUGAUGAGCCAAUUUCUUAUGGUUUUAUUUACUUUAUUGUGUAUAUUUUUAUAUUUUGUAGUAACUAUCCAAAUGUUGGGAA